AUGAGUCAACCAGUGAAAGAUUUUGAAGUAAACUCUGACCCUCACUUAUCAAAUUCCGCUAUAUCGCACGGUUUGGAAGGACCAUCAUUUAGAAAUCCUAUUCCAUCAACAUCGACCGUUAUUGUUGGACCACCAGUUCUUCCCCCUUGUCCUGAUUUAGGCCUGCAAACAAGUUAUGGAGGAAUGAAUCCUGGAUAUUCGUAUGGAAUGGGGGGAUCUUAUGGUAUGGGUGGACAUGGUGGUUAUGGCUACGGUGGAAUGAACGCAUAUGGCAUGGGAGGAAUGGGCAUGGGCAUGGGAGGCCACUAUGGAGGUUUCAAUAGAUAUGGACAAAUGUAUGGUGGGGAUAUUGAAAGCAGAUUUAUACAAAUGGCUGAAGAAAACUCAAGACCAGCGUUUGAUUCAAUACAGAGUCUUGUAAAUGCUAUUGGUAGUGUGGCCAUGAUGUUGGAAAAUACAUUUUUUGCUAUGACUACAUCUUUUAGAGCUAUAUUGGGUGUAGCAGAAAACUUUGGAAGACUUAGGUCACUAUUUGCUCAGUUCUGGUCGACCUUUGCAGUGGUCCGCACUCUGAACUGGCUGGUGAGGAAACUGCUUGUAAUUCUGGGUAUUAGGACUGAGAAUGAAUUCAAGGCGUGGGCAGAGGCGGUGGCCGCCACGCAGUCGGGCACCGCCACGGCGGAGCAGAGGGCCAAGGGCUCGAGCUGGCCCAUACUGCUGUUCUUCGGCGUGAUCGCGGCGGCACCCUACAUCGUUCUCAGGAUGCUCAAGGGACUGUCGUCGAGCAUCAACGAGAGACUCAACGAUCCGACGUCGUGGCAGACUCCUUUGCGGGCGGUCGCCCAGUUCCCCUUCCAGGCGACCUCGCCGCAGCAGAUCAGCUUCGGCGCCAACCAGGUCCUGACCCUGGCGCCGCAGCACCUCCAGGGCAACCUUUGGAACUCCGGCUGGCUGAUGGCCUCUACGGACGGACGGACCGCCGGUCUCGUGCCGGUCAACUACAUAAAAGUGAUCAGACCCUGCAUCAAUGACGACAGGCCACAUAGCGAGACGGCCGUCGACAAAAAUGUUACGGAACCCCCCGCAGAAGACUUGGAGAAGUUCUAUAAAGAAGAGUUC